CAACCCCCCCGGGGGACACAGAUGUCCUGGGAACCCAUCGGUCUGGGAUUUCCCCCUCUGCUCCCCAGCCAUACACACCCCCCAGGCAGACACAGGCAUCCCGGGGACUCCAGCAUCCAGGUGCCCCCCUGGACGCGUUGUCCACCACCCCAGAAGAGGCAAGCACCCAUCAGGGACCCCCCACACCCCCCCUUCCACCCCAGACCGUGGCCCCUCCCCAGGGAGUGCCCUGGGCUGUAAGAGGAGGCACCCGGCCGGCUGGGUCCCAUUGGUACCAGGAGCUGAGCGCUGUCCUGACACCAUGUUGAUCCUCAUUGCCUAUGUGUUGACCUUCAUUGUGGGCUUGCCAGCCAACAUCUUCACCUUUGUUACCCUCCUGUGCAAGGCACGCCGCCGUGUCAACCCUGCUGACAUCCUCCUGCUCAACCUGACCAUCGCUGACCUCUUCCUCCUCCUCUUCCUCCCUUUCAAGAUGGCAGAAGCAGCUGCUGACAUGACCUGGCCCUUACCAAUUGUCCUCUGCCCUGUGGCCAACUUCUGCUUCUACUCCAGCAUCUAUCUCAGCAGUCUUUUCUUGGCAGCACUCAGCGUUGAGCGUUAUCUUGGUGUUGUCUUCCCCCUCCAGUUCAAGAACAGGCGGAGGCUGGGGCGGACAAUGGUUGCCAGCGCCUUCCUCUGGCUCUUGGCCUGUUCGCAUUGCUCCAUUGUCUUUGUGGCACAGUAUCAUGAUGAUGGUCAUAGACAAUCCACAGUAUCGAAGCUUGGUAGUUUUGUGGACAACAGUUCUCGGGGCUUUAGACCAGAUGGCUCCAUGGUCAAUGGGUUCAAGCCAGGUGGCUAUGGGAUGUCCAACCCUGAUGGCUUCAACCGCAACAGCUUUAACCCCAGUGGCCCCAUAAUCUCCAGCUCUGAUGGCCCCAUCUCUACUGGCUUCAGCCCAAGUAGCUCUGGAGUCUCCAGUUCUGAUGACUUCAAUUCCAAGGUCUUCAAGAUCUACAACCACAAUGGCUCCAUGGUCAAUGGUUCCAAGACUUCCAAUGGUGACAUCUCUGUCCCCAAUGGCUCCAGGAUCUCCAGUCCCAGUGGCCCCAAGACCUAUAACUCCAAAGUCUUCACCAACAAUGUCACAACCAUCCCUGGCAUCUCCACUGCUGAUGUCUCCUGGAUCUCCGACAUCCACAGCAUGACUGUUCCCAACCAUCUUGCUGCUUCUAGAAGCCACAAUGAUACCAAUAGCAACAGUACCUACAAGUGCUAUGAUGACUUCUCACAGGAGCAGCUGAGCUUUGUCCUCCCACUGCGGCUGGAGCUAUUUCUUGUUCUCUUCCUCCUACCGUUUGCUGUUACCGUUUUCUGCUACAUCAACUUUGUGCGGGCUCUCCUUGCUCGGCCUAAUAUUCCACUGGAGAAGAAGCAACGGGCUGUGGGUUUGGCUGUGGCCACCAUGGUCAAUUUUGGGGUUUGCUUUGCACCCUACAACAUCUCGCAUGUGGUAGGUUUUGUGCUGCAUAAGAGCCCAGAAUGGAGGUCCUAUAUUUUGUUCCUCACCAGUCUUAAUGCUGCUCUUGACCCUUUCAUCUUCUACUUCUCCUCCACGGCUAUACAGAAGGCUGUGGCUGGGGUGGUGGUGGCUGUGAGGGACAAGCUACGAGCCAUGGUGGUCUGUUGUUAUGGGGAGUGACCCUAUGAGCACGCCCUGCCCAGGAUGUGUCUUGCUGACACAAUGCUUUAGGGGGUAGGGUGGGGGACACGACACGGACAUGGUCAGAAAAAGGGCCUCACCAUAGGGGCUAUGGAUUUGAUUGGGUAAGGGCAAGUGGGGGUCUGGAUUUGGGGGUGGGGUGGGGUUGCACUUUGAAGGGCUUUGGAAAAUGGUGAUGUUUCCAAUGUCCAUGAGGUUAUAGUCAUCUUGGACCAGUGGAUCUGAGUCGUGGCAUCAAUCAGUGUCAGGUCAGGGGGAUAUCUCCAAUGUCUUUGGGGCCACGCUGAUGAGUUUGAAGUUAAUGGUUUCUACUGGUCUCUAAUCUUCAUGGAACCAAGGCUUCUUUGGUGCCAUGAGGCCAAGGCCUUUGUGGAUUGGAGGGUCUACACGGAUCCAUGUGGACAUCUUGAUCUCUGACCUCUGUGGAUUGCGGGCCUCUGUCCCUUGUGGCCCACACCAUCCCUACCAUCCCACGCCCUGUGCACCAAGCAAGGAGUCUGGAACUGCUGGACUGGCUGCAGAGCCACAGGCAGGGCCCCACGGAGGUGGUGCUGGUAGCCACCAGCCCAAUGCUGUAGGAACAGAUGCAACGGUACUUCCCGUGGGUAUUGCACAGUCUGCACACCCCUCCUCCCUCCUUGCUGAGUACUUGGAGGGGUCAGGAUGCAGGACAGAACAACAAUAGCUCACCUGCAGGGAGAAUAAAUGUGGAGAAAUAA